AUGCCGGAAUUCCGGAAUUCAGAAAUGCCGGAAUUCCGGAAUUUAGAAAUUCAGAAAUUCAGAAAUUCAGAAAUUCAGAAAUUCAGAAAUUCAGAAAUUCGGGAAUUCAGAAAUUCAGAAAUUCAGAAAUUCGGGAAUUCAGAAACUCAGAAAUUCAGAAAUUCGGAAAUUCCGGAAUUUAGAAAUUCAGAAAUUCAGAAAUUCAGAAAUUCAGAAAUUCAGAAAUUCAGAAAUUCGGGAAUUCAGAAACUCAGAAAUUCAGAAAUUCGGAAAUUCGGAAAUUCAGAAAGUCAGAAAUUCAGAAAUUCCGGAAUUCAGAAAUUCAGAAAUUCAGAAAUUCGGGAAUUCAGAAACUCAGAAAUUCAGAAAUUCGGAAAUUCGGAAAUUCAGAAAGUCAGAAAUUCAGAAAUUCCGGAAUUCAGAAAUUCAGAAAUUCAGAAAUUCAGAAAUUCAGAAAUUCGGGAAUUCAGAAACUCAGAAAUUCAGAAAUUCGGAAAUUCGGAAAUUCAGAAAGUCAGAAAUUCAGAAAUUCCGGAAUUCAGAAAUUCAGAAAUUCAGAAAUUCGGAAAUUCGGAAAUUCAGAAAUUCAAAAAUUCAGAAAUUCUAAAAUUCAGAAAUUCAGAAAUGCCGGAAUUCCGGAAUUCAGAAAUUCAGAAAUUCCGGAAUUCAGAAAUUCAGAAAUUCAGAAAUGCCGGAAUUCCGGAAUUCAGAAAUUCAGAAAUUCCGGAAUUCAGAAAUUCAGAAAUUCAGAAAUUCUGGAAUUCAGAAAUUCAGAAAUUCAGAAAUUCAGAAAUUCGGGAAUUCGGAAAUUCAAAAAUUCAGAUUCAAAGAAUCUGA